AUGAAACCUAGUCGCGCCUAUAUCGUUCCCAACCUGCCGCAUACCUGGACAACGAACGAAUACGUGAGACCUUCACUGGCCAUGGUGACAGUCCCUGUCAUCGAUCUCCGAGCGCAUCUCCUUCUGUCUUUCCACGGCGAUAGGUCCAAGCAACUCGUCCUCAGGCAGCAGUUGCCUUUUUCCCUUCCACCUGCUGUAGAGCUUUACAACGCGAGCCUGAGGGGAGGUUCUUUAGGAGUUCAUAUUGGACAACGAAAGCUGGACGUGCGGCUGAUGCUCGAGAGUGAAAAAAGGGCACAGGCUUCUGAAUUGUCAACUAAUCCCUGA